AUGGACCAAGUCGAGUCCACGGUCCUCAAGGAAGCGUUCGUCGCUGCGGCUCGGGAGGAUCACCUCGAGGUCGUGCGGACUCUACGACUCGAGUUCCGGAGCUCUCGGACAGGGCGGCGCGAGUACGAGGCGGGAGUCAUCGUCAAGGACGCAAUUGUCGCUGCGGCUCGAGCUGGACACCUGGCGAUUGUCAAGUAUCUGCUCAAGGACCUCCCAGAGCGCGACUUUGGCAUUCGCUGGCGCAUUCUGGACGAAGGAGCGGCCCAUGGACAUCUCCGGGUGGUCGAAUUCGGAGCAGAGUUGACGACGCAGUUCAGGGAUUUGACUCACGAGUACAGCGACGCCUUGCGUCGAGCCACCUCUGGCGGGCACCUUGAAGUGGUGAAGUACCUUUUGAAGCCAGGGAAGUUUACGUGGAGAUAUCUCAACGCUCUGGAGCACGCGGUAGCCGUCAAGCAGCGAGCGAUCGCCGAGUUGAUUUAUCGGCGGCUCGAACAGCAGUGUGGUUGCGAUAUCGUGCUUGACCUCGUGGAGUCUGGCAAAUUUCAAGUUGUCCGGUUCCUCUGCAGCAACGACCUUGUCGACACGAAGUUGUUUGAAGCUGCGUUCAUUAAAGCGGCAUCUCUGGGCUCAGUUGAUGUUCUGGAGUUCUUACUGAAGUGCAAAGGUGUCUCGUCCGAGGUGUCUGACAAGGCGUUCGUGAGAGCAGCCUCAGCCGGAAUCGUCACUACCAUGGAGUUCCUCUAUGGUAAGGGCCAAGUCUCUCGAGAGGCGCUGCUGGCGACAUUCGAGAGCUCAAGGAGUGCUGCCGUGGUGGAGUUUGUGUACGACGAAGUGGAAGGACUCCCAGUUGAGAGCGUGUGCUUAGCUGUGGAAAACGCUGCCUUUUGUGGCUCCAUUAACGGCGUGGAUUACUGUCCUGGAGAAGACCAGUGCAAGAUCCUGCAGUUCUUAAGUAACCGGGAGUGCAUCCCGCCUGAGAUCGUGAAUAAAGUGUUCACGGAAGCCACGCAGAGCUUGCAGCCUGUCGUAUUGAUGGGGUUAAGCCACGACAAAGCACUUGAGUCUGAGCUGAUUGGGGACGCGUUUGUUCGAGCUGCGGAGAGUGGGUGCUUAGAGCUGGUGGCGGCUUGGCUCGGCCUUCCGUGUAUCUCCGGUGAUGUGGUCAUUGCAGCAUUUAACUCAGCCACAGCCUGUGAUCGCCGAGACAUUGUCGCGAUACUGUUUGACGUACCGGGUACGAAAAGAAGUGUCCAGGAGCAGGCUGUUGUCACCGCGGCGAGAUGUAGCUGUGCGAGGGUGCUCAAGUAUAUUUGCGAUCGUGGAGACUGGCCGGUGGAAGUCCUCGAGAAAGCACGCGGUUUGGCACAUAGCAAGAAGAUCAAGAAAUUCCUGGACAAGAAACUUAAUCUCCGCUCCGAGCCGGGAAAUACCCCGAUAAGCAGGUUCGACAAAGAUGGCAGCUUCGUAGGUUAA